UACGUGGAUGCGAGCUGAACCUGGGAGCCAACAUUUGACGGUGUACUCUUGGCCGCUGGGGCUUCGACAUGAGUUCGGGCUCCAGUGACGACUGGCACGCCAGCCCCACAAUGGCACAAUAAGCCGGGCUCGAUUUUAUGGCGAGCCGGUGACUAGAGUUCAGUGAGACGCGAUUAUUCGAUUGGAACGAAUGACUUGGGCCGCGCGAAGAUAUUGAAUUUGGUACCGCCGCGAGCUUCCCGCAAGAUACCAUCUCGAAGGUGCGCAGGUAUUUUGGCAAUUCGCAUAUGUGGACGAGGGCGGAUGGCGAUUAAACGGUCAUUUAAUUAAUUCUGGACGACACAAUACCAGACGUGAUCCACCUACAAUUGAUACCAUCUCCGGAAAUAGCGGAUAAUUACUAUUAAUUGGUCAGCGGGUCCGCGAGAUGUGUGAAGUUCGGUCGUGCGGUGAGUGCACUGAUAAGGAAAGGUGAACCCACUUGCAGCCGAUGCAAGGCAUCUUCCCGGUGCAGUGCCUGUGGAUUUGCAGUGAAUAGAAGUUAUCUCCAAGGAGCCUCAAUUGGACUUAAUUGAAGUGUGCGAUAAAAUGGGAAUGUGUUCCCGGUUCCAGUGUGUGCCCCUUUUCGGACGAUACUAUUCGGCCGUUUCCUGUCCUUUGUGAUGCAACGCGCUACAUCGGAGCGCGCAAGCUUAAUAGUGCGUUAACCAUUAUCAUUUCAUGAGUGAAUACAGCCGUUUCCAGAGUUUUGCACUGCCCAUCCAGGCGGGCUUUGAUAGCUUGUAUCUGAGGAUGAAAAGAUAGUUCGUGCGUAUCGACGGGUAAAAAAUCAUAUCUUGAGUGGAUACAGUGAGAAAUGAAAAAUGAUCGUUUUGAAUAAUCUUGCAUAUCAUUAGCAUCGAAAUUUAUCUGAAAAUUGAUUUUUGGUGUCGUUGUGGAUGUCGAACUCCUUCGGCAAAAGUAACAAAUCGUUAUGGUCGGUGAGUGUUAUUUAAAGUUGCCUGAAUAAAUCUUCCUUCUAAGAAAGGCGAAGAAGAAAGGCCACUUGAAAUCUUAGUGAGAAAAUUGAAAGGUCAAGAAAGUAGCGUCGAGUAUUAUAAUAAAAAAAUAAGAUAAGUGAAAAAGUGCUGAAAAAAUAUUAAGAUAAAUGUAAGUUUCAUUCAAUAAAGAAGUGUCCGACUUUGCAUCUAAAUUGUUGAUUCCUGGAUGCAGUUCAACUUGAAGUGAUCACCUCGACUUGCGAUUUGAAUACAAUACGGGCCAGCACGCAUACCUCCACUGUUCAGGGGGUCGACUGCAGCUCAUUCCUAUGAUUUGCAUUACAUCAUUUAUAAUCAUUGUCGUGUUUUUGUUGUUGUUGGCUGUCGCUUUGGUGAAGUGUUGGACACCAGAAAUCAUCAAGAAUGGUUAAUGCGGUAAUGGAUGCGAUUGCGUUGCUCAGCUCGCUGGCGACCGACUUAGAUUUAAUGCUAAACGAUCUCAGAUCCUCGCCAAAUUCACGAUUCAUCCAACCAUCAAGUGUAAUCCGUUCAAAUCAGUCUGUGUCAAUAGUUACAUCUGCCAAUCGUUCAAAUCAGGAUCACCAUCAUCAGCAGAACUACCAACAUCAGUGCCACCAGCAACAUCGUCAGCAGCGUCAGGACGAGCAAGACCAUCGUCCAUUUGGUCGUCAUCAACAGUAUUUUAAUUUACUACCGUUGCCCGCAUCCAAACUUCCUUCAGUAACAUCUUCAACAUCAAGUACCGUCGAGAAGGAAAGCAAUGCAGGCGGUAACGCAACAUCAGUGGGAGGAACUAACAUAGGAAGCAGCAGCAGCAGUGCUAGUGGAAAUGCUAACAAUAGCAGGAGUGGCAUUACGAGUAGCAGCAGUAGCCAGAGGCCGACAGCAUUCCUCCGGGAUACAACUGCGACUACAAUUCAACAGAAUCUAUUGUGGAGUGCCGAAACAACAACCACUACACAUCAUCAGCAUCAUCAGCAACAUAUCACAAAGCCACGUCGUCUACCAUUUUGUGGUGGAAACGAUGCUGGAAGUGAUGUUGACGCAAUUAUUAACAGCAGCGGAGGAGGUGUCGAUACCCUCAACUCGUUGGAAGCGGACGGCGAUGGUCUCAUGGAGGAUGACCUGCAAGCCUUGUUACCAAACUGUCGACAACUAUCGCGCGACGAACUCAGCCAGUCACAUACAUCGCUUGUGUCUAGCUCAGAUGGCGGUAUCCUGGGAGCUGGGGAAACCUCGAGUGAGUCAUCGGAAAGCUCCACUAGUCCCCCAUGUGAUUUAGGAUUGAUGGAGAGAUUGUUACGUACACAUCCUGUAUGGUUUUUACCCGGAAUACAACGUGCUGGUGCUGUGCAUUUGUUACAAGGAAAAGAAGAAGGGAACUUUAUCGUGCGUGGAUCCAGUCAACCGAAAACAAUGGCAGUUUCUGUCCGAUUACCCCCGGACACGGGACCUUAUAUUGAACAUUAUCUUAUUCAAUCCAACGAUGGGAUGUUGAGUUUAGAGAGUUCAAGAUUUAAAUUUGACUCGAUACCAGCACUAAUAGCACAUUAUGCGCAAUGUUGUGAUGAGUUACCUGUUCAAUUAGUGCUACCACGUGUCCUACGCGAGGCAAAAAAUCGGCAGCAGUUAUCAUCGCUGGCGUUAUUGGGGCAGGAAUUCUGGCGGUAUCCAAUGGCCAACCCAAAGCCUGGUUCUGCCAAUCCUGUGGAUGUAAAAUCUCCAAAUUCGCUCACUGAUACUAGUGGAAUUGGAACAACCUUGUUUAGUUCAAGCACACAAAGCCAGCAAUCAGGUCAGCAGCCCCAGCCACCAUCGAGCACCGGACACCCGCCUCAACAAUUCAAGAUGUUCAGCCCAACUGGUCUAGGAGGAGUGUUCAAUAGCCAAGCAGGCACCCCAUCGGAUACAACGUCUAGUCUAAGCAGUUUCACCACAAGCGCCGGACUCAAUCAACAGCUCAUGAGUCCCGAGUCAGUGGACAGUGUCAUUCUGACAAUGUCCCCAGUUGAUGCCAACAGGUCAACAGUUGGAAGUUGCAAUAACAAUGUUGUCACUGAAAAUGUAGGAAGUCUUACAACAUUCAAACAGAUCGCUCAGAAGCCAGCACUUGAACCUAAGCCAACCAACACUGACCAAGCUAUCAGAUGCCAACGUCCUACGCCUCCCAAUACCUUGAACUUGGCGCCACUUCGACCUCCAGCUCCACCAGCCCGUUGGUCUAAACCUCUGACGCCGAUCAGCCCGGUAAUGCCACCACCAAACGAUGCAACCCAUAACUUCACUGUUACAACAACUGUAACGUUCAGUGUUGAUAAUAAACAAUCGCAGCAGAUUGUCGAAGUCACGUCUCCCGCAUCAAAUAACAAUAACAUGAACAGUUGCAGUAGCAACAAUAACUCAGGCGGUAGCAAUUCAACGAGCACCUUCCAAACAUUUGCCAAGCGAUUAUCACCUGAAGGUGAAUGCAAAACAACGGUCGAUACGCUAUCGUCGCAAGGUUCUUCUUGGCAUCAUUCAUCACAGACCAGUAAAGAUUCAAAUCAGAGCCAGAGUCAACGUAAACUGAUGUCGCCUACGUCGGUCGAUACACCACCCUCAAGCGGACGUCAGCGGCGGAGUAAAAUCAAGAAAGAAUCAAAACAUUAUCAGGAGUCAGAUAUUCUGGAAUCUCCUCAAGUGUACUGUCGUAGUGCACUCGGCGACAAGAUCAGCGACUAUGAAGAUCUAUGGUCCCAAGAUACAGCCGCAAGCACUCCUCUUGGUAACCGUACUGGAACUCAAUUGUCUAGUUUCAAGCCUAUCGCAGAAGGAGUACAAGGAAAGCAGCGACCGGAUCUAUUGCCAGAAACACCCACAAUCACCUCUCUCAACUGCAACGUACUAUCACCUCCCAGUUCAAUAAGCUCAUCAUCUAACCCGAGUCCUCCAAUCAAAUCGGGAGAAAACAAAGAUCCCAACAAUGACGCGGCUCAUAAACCCCCGAAUAUUUUAAGCCCCGAUGCACCAAAACAAUUCAUUCCGCCUGCAGCUGAAAUGGAGAUCAUCAAUCAACGCAAUCGACUUGGUCUUGUCUUGCCGAUUCACGUCGAAGAAGCCCCCAAAACAGAGUGUGAUACGCCGACAAAUCAAACACCACUUGCCUCUCGUAGUAAACAAGGAAGCCCCUUCUAUGCGGAGCCUGCAGACGCUCUAAGGGCCGCUGCAGCACUUGGAUCUAGCGCCAACAUACUGCGACGAUCACAACGGGGCAACUUACUCCCUGCAAAUCACAGACACUCAGAACCACCAAAAGGUGGAUUGGCUCGAACUCCAAUGUGCCCGGUUCUUGCCCCUGCGGAGCUGGAAAAACUCGCUGGAAGUCUAGACGAGCUGAAGAAGAAACAACAGAAAAAGGCUCGAGGACGACUGGAUCCGUGGCCAUUGGACAGUAGCUGGGAAUUUAUGGGCAACGAAGGUGGCGACGGCGGAAACUAUGGAGAUUACGAUUCAGCCGGACAACAAUGGAAUGUCUUGCCGUCUUCACAAACUCAUAUUAAUAAUAAUAACAACUCAACUAGUCACAUGAACGGAAACGCCAUGGAAAAAACGAAACCAUUAACUGUACAUCAAAUAAUUGCUAAACGCUUGCCAGAUUUAAAUCUUCCGGAACUCAUAAGAUGUUCCACACCUCAACAAAACUCCGGAGUUAAUAGCAAUCAACCCUGCGAAAUUAUCCCGACUGAUGUUAGUGGACCGCCUAGCAUCAUUGAUCAGCAAAGUAAUCAUCGAAUGUCCUCGUAUGACAAUGUUGAACGAAACGGCGGUGGUAACUUGUCAUAUACCACUUCCUUUCUUAUGGAUAGUGCCCAGUCGGAUGAUGGGACCGUGUUCUCUGAACCAUGGGAUAGUUCGCAAUGGGACUCAUUUUUACCACAUGAUGAUACUUCCGAUACUAUUCAUAUGUCUAAGUGUCGACCAAUCUUGUGUAAUUCUGAAGAUGAUACCAUUAUUGAAGAGAGCACGCUGAAGGAUAACCAAGGAACCCUGAAGGGCAACAAUAAUACGUGUAGCAAUAGCUGUAGUGAUAACCAACAGAAAAUUGCAACAAUUUUGAGGAAUAGAAGUUGUCGCGAUCGUGAUGUUUUAUGUCAUCCUCGCAAUAAAUCCCAAUACGGUGGUCCCGAGGAAUCAAUUCGCGACUAUACUCUCCAACUAGCCAACGAUCACUCAUCAACAUUCUCGCGAAAUAUCGAAAAUUUCAUAGCAUGUACAAAGGAAUCUCGUGAACCUGCCCCACAAGUAGUUAUGCGAAAUAUGCGUCAAUUUAUGAGUGGUAUGAAAAACUACUUAGUAAAACACGGCGAGGGUGAAUUCCAUCAAGAAGUGCAAAAGGCACGAUCACAAUUAAAAUCCGACGAAUUCCUGAAUCUAGAUGCAAUCUUGGAAGCUGUGAUGCAUCAAUUGGUUGUUCUACCCCUACGGGAGCAUCUUUAUGGAUUAUUCGUUGACUAUUAUACUCGAUCGGGUGAUAUUCAACUUUUGGUUCAAAAUGUAAAAUAUGCCUGCGCUCGAAAUGCUCCUGAGUUUGGUAUAAGGCCAUGUGUUGCACCACCCUCACCUCCGGCACUUGCUCAAAUUGGUGUACUGCUGGUGAGACUUCAGGAGGCCGAACUGCCACUUGAAAAACUUGAACUAUUUCUUUGUGUGAUAUCAUCAAUUUUCGAUGCAACUGGAUGUCCUCGUGGUCAACAAUUAGGCGCUGAUGACUUUCUACCGAUUUUGGUCUAUGUGGUGGCCAAAUGUGGAUUUGUUGGUGCAGAAAUUGAGGCGGAGUAUAUGUGGGGUUUGCUACAACCAGCGUUGCUCAAUGGCGAGGCCGGAUACUAUUUGACCGCUCUGUGUAGUGCUGUUCAUGUGCUCAAGAGUUUCAUUGGCUCGGAUAAUGAAGGAACUGGAUCAUUAGAUUGGCGUUCAUCAUCACUCCCUGCCUGUUCGUCUGUAUUACGUGUAAUCAUCCCCGACGAAUGCAAUGGAUCCCUACAGACCCGCACUUUACCCGUACGACCUCAUACAACAACACGCGACGUAUGCCGUAUUAUCGCUCAUAAAGCACGUAUCACAAAUCCCCAGGAUUAUGGCCUCUUCAAAUUGGUAGAUGGCGAAGAAACCCUUCUAGUCGAGAAUGAAUGUCCUCAGGAUGCAAGAAUCGCGGCUCGCGGCAAGCACUGUAUGCUGGCUUAUAAACGACUCGAUGCAAAAAUUGCAUGGCCUACAGCCACUUCGGCAUAAGGAUAGUGUAAAAUUAAGGACGUUCGGCGAGUAACAAUUUUGUGAUAAGAAAGGCAUAUGCAUGUUAAUACAGAUAUUUAAAUAAGACAAAGUGUAAAGAGUGAGGCCGCGGCACUGCCAUCCAUGACAAAAUGAAUUCAAAACAAAUCAAAUUGGAAUGAAUGAGGAAUCUGGUAGUAGCGUUACUGCAAUAUUUAUAAAUUAUAUUUACUUAGGUACGGUAGUCUUAAGACUCGGAUAAGAAACCUUUUUAUAUAUUCUGAAAAGAAAUAUGUAGUUGGGAAGAGCGACCGGCUGGAAACGAAUCAGCCAGCCGCCGAGACUAAUGAAUGGCCCAGGUCGGAGUGUAUUUUGUAUAGAAAGCGAGAAGUGCAAGCUAAAAUGAUAACAAACAAGAAAAAAAUAAUGGCGAAAAUAGUAUUUUUAAAACAAAAAUCAAUAACGAAAAAAAACAAUCUAAACCUUAAAUUACUCAAAUAAGUUUUUUAAUCAAACAAACAAAAUUAUAUCGAAUAAUCCAAUAAUUUGAGGUGAAAUUGAAAAGAAGGCAUCAGUUUUUUUACUCUAACUAUUAAACGAAACUUUACUAAUCAGUAUUUUAUUCUAUAACGGAAAACUAAAAUCACUGUUAAAUAUUUAAAAGAAAAAAUCUCUUGAACGGAAGACUAUACCGACUAUAAUUGCUCUUCUAAUAUUCAGAUUUUUAUGAGUGAAGAACAUAAAUCUUGGUUUUUUAAGAUUUAUUUCGUACAUAAGCAUGUAUACAGAUACAAGAUACUUCUAUGUAAACAAAAACCAACUAAGGCAUACCGGAAAGUAACAUGUAACAUUUCUUCCCUAUCGAUUUCUUUCUAUUACUAUUAAGGUUUUUUGUGUAUAAAUUAUUCAGUUCGUAAGAAUUAUAUAUAUAUAAAACCCGACGGAUAAAAAUGAUGAUCAUUAGAUAUCGAUCAAUGGUAUAUUGCAUUGUAUUGAAUUGUAUUGUAUUUUGCAAAUAACUUUCAUUCUAAUAUCCUUAAGAUACGGAAACUCAUUCUCAUCAAUACUACAAUAAUCGAAACUUGAAAACACCUACUUUGUUGCGUUUUUAGCGAGCGAAAUCUUUUUUGAAGUAUCUUAAUUUGGCAUAUUCAGUCUAAUAAAUUUAAAAUUUUAUUAUGCACAUAUAUGCAUUAAUAUCCUGAAAUUUUUUUCAACAAACAUCUACGAAGGAGCAAAAACUAGACAGGAACUGAGCGAGUAAAGUAUCAAAACAAGCUUUUGUAUCUUUUAUCUACUGGGUGCAUCUUGUUUUAUAAUAGUGAUUUUUGGCAAUAGAAAGAAUAAUUCAAGGAGAAAAUUAAAUAAAUGAAAAUGGUUGCAUGCUAGAACCUUACUGCGAAAGGAGAUGGAUUUUUGGAUAUAGCGUAUUAUAACUUAACAAACGAUUCGAAAUUUUUUCUAAUUACCAAUAUAUCAAUCGAUAUUAUUAUCCUUCUUCUAUUGUAUUGUAUUUCUAUUUUGAUUGAAAGGAGUAAAGUGGUAUUUACAUACACAUUCAUUAUCAUGAAAA